AUGGAGAAGGCCGUGGCCACGCGCCGGCCGAGCCCGCUGCUGCUGCCGACGCCGGUCGUCGCCGUGACGGUGCAGGGCCACGCGCUCGUGCUCAAGGAGGCGCGCGUUGGUAGCCGGCGCCGGCUCAACCUCGACACGAUGAUGAGCCGCCGGCCGUACCACGUCGUCUUUGACCUGCUCGUGUCGGACGCGUCGACCGGUCCGCCCGAGACCAUCCACCGGUCGUACGCGCAGUUUCAGUCGCUGCACCAUCAACUGCGCAAGAAAUACCCGCGGUCGCCGCUUGUGGCCUUGCCGUCGAUGAAGCUCGGGCGGUUUGACAGCGCGUACAUCCAGCUCAAGUACCCUGAGCUCGAGCUCUUUCUGCAGCAGCUUUUGAGCCUCGAGUGCAUCUCGACGAGCGACCUCCUCCGGCAGUUCUUUCGCGACCCGACGCCCGCCGCGUCCGACGGCAGCGACGACGACGACGUGCUGCCGCCGAAUGAUGCGACCACCGUCACGAUUCGGAAAGGCCAAUCGUACUCGGUGUCGCUCGAGAUCCCGAGUGCGCACGCGGCCGUCGCAUACCAGUUCGCCACGCGCAAGCACGACAUUGGCUUCUCGAUCUCGCUCAACGACGACACGCUUCAAGUCUACUCGCGCGAGGCUGCGCUCAAGGGCCUCGUGCGCUGCCCGACGCCCGGGCUCUGCACGCUCACGUGGGACAACUCGUACGUCUGGCACCGGUCCAAGGUGGUCACAUACCACGCCGAAGUCGUCGCCAAGUCGCCGCGCUCGCAGUCGCCCAAGCCGCGCAGUGCUGAGACGUCCCGUGCCAGCGACACGAGCGCCGAGACACCGACAGGCUAUAUUGAACACGUCCACCGAGCGCCGAUCCUGCUGUCGCCGCGGCGCCUCGUGCACACGUCAAUGCGCAAGAUCAUUGGCUGGUCCAAGCCCGAGCCGUGGCUCAAAGCCGGCCCGAUGAUCAUCCAGCGCCGCCAGACGAAGCUCAAGCACGCGCUUCUGCACGGCGGCGGCGAGUCGUGGUACCGCAAGUGGUUUACGCUCGACGGCAACAAUGGCAUCCUUCGAUGCUACGACAAUCAAGCGUCCGUGACACGGGAGGGUCCCCAAGGCCGCUUGAAACUGGCGUCGGCCGAGGCCUCGUUGUCGGUCGUUGACGCCCGGCACCUCCAUGGCCCGACACCGUUUGUGUUUACUGUGAGCCGCGGCAAAGUCAUGUGGAUUCUGUGCACAGAGAGCGAAGACGACUUUGUGAGCUGGCGCCAAGCCAUUUCCAAGUCGAUCUUUCUCGUGAGCUGGGCGACCAAGCACGAAAUCGGCGCCAAGUCGGACGACGAUGACGACGAAGUAAGCGAAAACGACGACGACGACGAUGGAGCCGACGAGGAGACGACGUCGCUAUUAGCACCACCCACGGCCACUGAUGGCCCUUCGAUUUCACCCCACGAUGUACGGGCGCCAGGCGGUCGCAAGACGAGCACACUCUACGUGCUGCUUCUGGCGCUCAACGCUACCGUGGGCUUUCUCAUGUGGAGCCAUUGGAUCCUCUUUUGGUCGGUCGUCGUUGCCUUCAACGGCAUCGUCGUGUACCAAAUCUUGUACGAGUUCGACGACGACGGCAGUGCGACCAAGAAGGUGCAUUGA